CGUGCGUGGCCGCGUCGUGCGUGCCGUGCGUGGCGGGGGAGCAGGCCGCAGCGGCGGGGUCGGGGCCGCGGCGAUGCUGGAGGAGGCGGGCGAGGUGCUGGAGUCGGUGCUGAAGGCCUCAUGCCUGCCGCUCAGCUUCCUGCUCUUCGUGCCCGCCGUGCUCCUGCUCCUGGGCCCGCCGCCCGCCGCCGAGGCCGCCCACGAGUUCACGGUCUACCGCAUGCAGCAGUACGAGCUGGGCGGGCAGCCCUACGGCACCAGGAGUGCGGUGCUUAACACAGAAGCCCGCACUGUAGAAGCAGACGUCCUGAGCCGCCGCUGCGUCAUGAUGCGGCUGGUGGAUUUCUCCUAUGAGCAGUACCAAAAGGCUCUCCGCCAGUCAGCUGGUGCUGUGGUGAUCAUCUUGCCACGAUCUAUCUCUUCUGUCCCCCAGGAUGUUGUAAGGCAAUUCAUGGAGAUAGAGCCGGAAAUGCUUGCUAUGGAAACCAUUGUGCCAGUCUACUUUGCAGUGGAAGAUGAAGAGCUGCUGUCUAUCUAUGAACAAACACGGGCUGCUUCUGCAUCGCAGGGUUCUGCCUCGGCUGCAGAAGUUCUGCUGCACACGGCAACUGCUAACGGCUUCCAGAUGGUGACCAGUGGAGCUCAAAGCAAAGCUAUCAAUGACUGGCUCAUACCCAGCGUGGAGGGAAGGCUAACGGGGCUGGGUGGAGAAGACCUGCCCACUGUUGUGAUAGUUGCCCACUAUGAUUCUUUCGGAGUGGCUCCAUGGCUGUCACAUGGCGCUGACUCCAAUGGCAGCGGUAUCUCAGUGCUACUGGAACUAGCCAGGCUGUUUUCCCGGCUCUACACCUACAGACGUACCCAUGCUGGGUAUAACUUGCUGUUCUUUGCAUCUGGAGGUGGCAAGUUUAAUUAUCAAGGAACCAAGCGGUGGCUGGAAGACAACUUGGACCACACUGAUUCCAGCCUGCUGCAGGACAACGUAGCGUUUGUUCUCUGCCUUGAUACUCUGGGCCGAGGCAAUAGCCUUCACCUCCACGUCUCAAAGCCUCCCAAGGAGGGGACCUUGCAGCACGCGUUUCUGAGAGAACUGGAGAUGGUUGUUGCCAGCCAGUUCCCAGAGGUGAAGUUUUCCAUGGUGCACAAGAAGAUAAACUUGGCUGAGGACAUGCUGGCAUGGGAGCAUGAGCGUUUUGCAAUCCGACGCUUGCCAGCGUUCACCAUCUCCCACCUGGAGAGCCACCGGGACAGCCUGCGCAACAGCAUCAUGGAUAGGAGGGCACGAAUAGAUACUAAGGCACUAAUCAGGAAUACUAGGAUCAUUGCUGAGGCUUUGACAAGGGUCAUCUACAACCUCACGGACAAGGGAGCACCUGCAGAUCUGCAGAUCUUCACGGAUCAGAUGCAGAUCCAGCAGGAGCAACUAGAAUCAGUGAUGGACUGGCUGAGCAGUCAGCCCAGGGCUGCGCAGCUGAUUGAUAAAGACAGCACCUUCCUCAACACCUUGGAAUAUUAUAUGGGUCGCUACCUGAAGGAUGUCAAACAGCAUCACGUAAAGGCAGACAAACGGGACCCUGAGUUUGUUUUCUAUGACCAGCUGAAGCAGGUGAUGAAUGCGUACAGGGUCAAGCCAGCCAUCUUUGACCUGCUUCUGGCUGUCUGUAUUGCAGCCUACCUUGGUGUUGCCUAUGUUGCAGUGCAGCACUUUGGUCUCCUUUACAAGAUGAUACAGAGAUUAUCCCUUAAAAACAAGCAGCAGUGAAGUAACGAGUCACCCAUCACCCAUCCAGCAGCACUGAGCCAUCGGUGAGCCCAUCGGGAACCUCCUGCCUUCCAUUGAAUCCUGCUGUUUCUCUUCCUCUGUCUCCUCUCUGCUACUCUAUAGAGGGGAGGAAGGCAGAAAGAAAAUGAAAUUUUAACUCUUGUGCACCUUUGAAGUGCUUUUCUUCCCCUCCUUCCCCUGACUUGCACCAUGUCCGUUUUCCUUUGCUUUUUGGCAAGGGAAGAGGCUCAGCGACUUCAGUAGUUCCUGCAGGUUGCUUAAACAUUGAACGGCUGUUUCUGAGCAGCUUCUCUGAGCGUAAGAACCAAGUCCAGCACCUUCGCGGACACGUGUGCCAUACAGCCAACUCGGAAGCUGAACCUACAGAAUAGAGUGACGUGUUACCUCUGCCCAGCAAACGAGGACUCAGAGCAGUUGUUUAAAAGGAGGAAAAAAAAAGUGCAUAUGCAAAUUGAAGAGAACACUAUUAGCGUGUAUUGUUAUGGCACCUCUUUGUUAAGUCCACUGCCUGGCUCUAGGAAAGCGUGCUGAGCACGCAGCGUCUGCAGCAAGCGUCAUCUUGCAUUUUGUUUAGACUGCAAUAACUCGUUUCCUUUUAGGAGGCGCGCUGUCAACGAUCUUGACUGUUACUGACAGAUGAGGAGAGAUCGUUAAAACGGGUUCCUUGCGUUAGGGUUCUUACAGGUUCUCUCCUGUCUCUGUUGGAGUAUGUAUUUUGCUGUGUACUUGAUUUCUUUUAAAACUGAUGGUCCUCGAACAGUUGCCACCACUGUGUGCUGAACUCUUGCUUGGUUUUUAAGGGGUGUUCUACAGUCCCAGCUGCUGCAGGACGGCGUUCCCUGCUGUUCCACGUAUUGAAACGAGCUGGUUAUAUUCAUAACAAGAGCAGCCCGGCUCCUGCUGAGCUCUGAUCUGUAAUCCCUUCAAUCUUCAUUCCUCAAUUUUCACUUCCAGAUGGGUUCUGGAUUUCGGGGGUGUUUUCCCAUGUUCACCUGCAUCUCAGGGUCUCAUUUCACAUUUUUCAGCUCCGUUAUUUCUGGAAACACUGUUCCUGGCUGCACGUAUGAGCAAGUUCCCAAAGUGCUUGUUGCUGUCCUUUCAUGUGCUGCCACCAGUAUGUAUGAAGGGAGGCAGGUCAUUUAGCCAUUAAAAAGCAAAACAAAACAAAUUUAAGUUUUAUGAAUGUCAUUUUAAACAUGGCUGUUUCUAGAACUGUACCUAAGAGAGCGUGUCUUGGAGCAUGCACUCUCCGUUCCUUUUAUCCUUGAGCGAGCCUUAUAUUUAGUUUGCUGAUUUUUCUGGACGGAGAGAGCUAUGUAGUUGCCCAAACCAGUUGCCAGUGCUGUGCCAAGAUCGGGAGGGCCAGGUGAUUGUCAUUGUCAUCAUCUUAAGUCUUUCCUGAAUGCACCGUGCCAGGUAAGCAGGAUACUUGUCACCAAUUUCUGGCGAAAGCCUUUCUGGGCAGUGUUACGCCUUGUUUACCCUCAAGUUCUGAAAAAUACAUUAAGGUACCGACUACGAGUCCUAAGCUAGUUGGAGUUCUAGAAGAUGUCCUGCCUGAUUACUGCUGUCCUGUCACUCAACGACGUUUUGAGUCCUUUCUGUAAUUUGUUCUAUGCACGUGAGGUCUCUUCACAGGCCACGGUGACUACCUUAUUUUUUUUUUAAAUGACUGCUUGUAUUUAAACCAGCAUCUUUUACAGAGGCCGGAAAAGCUCUUGUGGGUUUGGAUGAAGGUGUACUCCUUUUUUUUUUGUUGUUUUUUUUUUCGUGUGCGAGGAAAACUGGAGCUGUGCGUCCUUGUCUGCGCCACAGCUGCUGCGCGCGCACUUGUUAGAAAAGGGGCUGUUGUGGCCAGUCACUGUCCUCGUCCUUUGGAUGGGGACCAAAGCCCUGAUUUCCAUCCAUCUUUCCUUGUUUCCCUGUAGUGAAACAAGCUCUCCUUGGCAUACCCUUACCCUGUGAUAUGUGCUUUCUGCUGCUUUAAAUGGGUUGCAACUCGUUCUUUAAAGGGUCUUUUCUUUUCUGGGAGAGCGUGCUGAUGUCAGUGGCUUACUGUAGUAUCGGCAGGUGGCAUGGUACCAAGCGCUCCUGAAAUAUCAGCCCUACAGGGAAACUUGCCUUUUUUCUGAUCUUUUGAGUGCUUAUUUAAAAUACGUCUCUGCGCAUGCAGGAAGUGUUCGUGACGCUCCUCUGCCAAAUGAAUUUGUAAUGGCUUCAGAAAUUGCUGGAGUGGCUGGAAGACGAGCCUGGAUUGUUUUCCGCUGCCUUUUAUGCUCUGCCCUCGGAGACGACAUAUGCCGUGCUGUGGGAAGGGGCGUGCUCUGGACUGUGGGUCCAGCACGGGCGCUACAGUGGUUGUCUGAAGAACUUCUCCGUAGGUUCUGAAUAUCCACAAGUAGUUCCCAAGGCUUCCGUCUGCAUCGUGCGCUUCUAGGGUGUUACACUUGGAGAGGGGGUGUUCCCUCCAAUCCAGCAGGUGACUCAGCCAGGCUUAAUGAAACUCUGUUAUGUCGCUGAGAAAAAUUGGGAAAAAAAAAAAAAAAAAAAAAAAAACAACCCAAAA